CUAAGGUAACGGCAACAUGGCGGAAUACGGAGGCAGGUUUGAAAGUGCGAAAGCAAUCGCGGAAAGAAGAGAAUUUAAACGAGAAGCGAGAGAGGAAAUUGUGACCAAGGCUCAAGCUAAAUAUCAAAGAGAAGAGCAACGGAAGCAGCUCAAGCACUUACGUGGUGAGGACACGUGGAUGUUACCAGAAGUCAAUGAGCGACUAGAGCAGUUUUCAGAGGAACAUUCUGUUAAAUUAAAGAAGAAAAAAGGGAAAAAAAUGAAGAAAAGCAAAAAAGAAAAGAAGAAAAAGAAAAAACUGAAGGAAAAGUCCGAUGAGCUCAGUGAAAGCUCUUCUGAUUCAGAGAUGGAAUGGAUUGAAGCACCUACUGGUUCUGACGAUGGCAGCAAUGAAAAGCCUUGGAAAAUCCAGGAAGAGCAAUUAAGUUCUGCAAAUAAAGCAGACACUGCUCAGAGGGAAGAAUGGAUGAUGUUAGACUUCAUGUCUUUAAAGACCGUUUCCACGGCAGCAAUCAGAGCUGAAAAAUUGAAGGAGAAAGAAAUGGAACAUGAGAAGGUGCAAGCUAUGGAACAGGCUGAGAUAAACAAAAGAGAACUGAAUCCCUAUUGGAAAGAUGGAGGUUCUGGCUUGCCAUCUGAGGAAGGUGAUUCAAUCCCAGUUCAAAAAGCUAUUAUGAUUGAAGAUGGUGGGCUGAGCUGGCUGAAAAAAUCCUAUCAGCGUAUGAAGGAACAGGCUGAGAGAGAGCAAUGCUGUCUGGAAGAUGUAAUUGCUGCAAGAUACGGGUCAAUGGACUUAUUCCAACAGAAGUUACAAGAAGCUGAAAAAGUUGCAGCAUUAAAUUAUCAAGACCACCAUGAAAAGAAUAGAAGAGAGAAUUGGAAAAAAUCAAGAAGCUGGAGUUCUGGUCGAAAUGAAACAAAAGACUAUGGUCAUGAAAGGGAUCUGAGUAGAAACAAAGGCAGAUAUGAUGAAGAUGAUAGAGAUACUAAAAGAGAAAGAUCAAAAGAAAGUUUCCAGGACCUGAUUAUUUGCAAAGAAAAGGAUGAUGGAAGAAGAGAUAUUCCAAAUAGAUAUAGAAACAAAUACGCAUCCAGUGACCGAGAAAUUGAAAUGGAAUGUGCCAAAGAUAAAUGUACAGAUAAGAGUGGAGAAAUUAACAGAACCAGUGAAGAAAAAUAUAAAGAGACCAGGCAAAGAAACAAUAAUGCUAGAGGUUUGGAAAGUUACAAUUUUCGUGAAGUGGAGAAAGAGAGAUCUUUAAAUAAUUUAAAAUCUAAGUUUAUGAAACCUGAAGAUGAAGGAAGUAGUAAUAGUAAAUGGGGCAUCAACCUUCUGAGCACUUCUAACCAUAAGCCAGAAGCACACCGUUCUUUUAGUAGUGGUUUUCAAAAGCCAGGCAAAGACAGUAAUAGAAUGUCAACAUGGUACAAAACCAAUAAUGGAAACAAGCCGUCAGAAGAGUCUACAUCAUUUCAACAUCAGAGCAGUGUUUCAGAACACAUGGAAGCCCCACACUCUAUGAACAAAUUGACGGAGACCAAGCCCAGACAAAGUAGUCUUGUACAGGUACAAUCUUCACAAGAUCAUCAGGAGCCAAUUUCUAGCAGUGCUGCUAUUCCAAUCAGAUCUCUUACUACAAGAAAAGAAACUCCACAACUCCUCAGUGAGGAAGAGAUGAAUAAACUUGGAGCAAAGAUCAUCAAAGCAGAGCUGAUGGGAAACCUGGAACUUGCGUCUAAACUUAAGGAUCAAUUGGAGGAAGCUCGGAAGUUGAAUAAUCAAGGACAAAAUCAUCCAACAAGUUUGACAGCACCAAAGAGGAUAGACAAUGUGGCUGCAGAUGAAAAUCAGGAAGUGAUUCUUGUUCGAUCUGAUGAAUCAGGGAGAGUGUGGCCAGUUGGUGCUUCUGCAGAAUCUGUGAGGCAAAAGAGAGGAAAGAAGAAAAGGCAAAUGAUUGAAACUCACCAUGAAGGAGAAAGGAUUAGGUACUUCCAGGAUGAUGACAAUUUAAGUCUACAAGACUUGGUCAGACAAGAAAAGAUGACUUCUGCAGAGGAUCACAAUGAAAAAUUCUCACGACUGGCUUCUAAAUUUCUGGAGAAGAUGGAUAGGGACAACUAUACGUUGGAUGACAUGUUUGUGUCAAAAGCAGCCAGAAGAGACCAAUCAGGCCAAAAUGAUGAAAGGCAACGAAAUAAAGCUAUCCUUGAGCACAAGAGAUUAGCUAACCGCAUGGAGAAAUGCCCGUUUUGCUUUGACAACCCAGAACUUCCAAAGCAUCUCAUCAUUGCUAUUGGUGUAAAGGUAUACCUGUGUCUGCCCAAUUACCAGUCAAUGACUGAAGGUCACUGCCAAAUAGUACCUCUCCAGCACCACACUGCAGGUACCAUACUGGAUGAAGAUAUCUGGGAGGAAGUGCAGCUGUUUCGAAAAGCUUUGGUGAAAAUGUUAGAAGACAAAGGACUCGACUGUCUCUUUUUUGAGACCAAUAUGCAUUUAAAGAAACGCUUUCAUAUGGUCUAUGAAUGCAUUCCUGUACCAAAGGAAGUGGGAGACAUGGCUCCUAUCUACUUUAAGAAAGCGAUCAUGGAGGCUGAUGAAGAGUGGGCCAUUAACAAGAAGCUAGUUGAUCUUUCCACAAGGAAUAUCCGCAGAGCUAUUCCUAAAGGUCUCCCUUAUUUUUCUGUGGAUUUUGGUCUACAAGGGGGAUUUGCUCAUGUCAUUGAAGAUGAAGAAAAGUUUCCUAUUUAUUUUGGAAAGGAAAUAGUUGGAGGCAUGUUAGACCUGGAGCCAAGGCGUUGGAAGAAAAAAAUCAGAGAAAAUUUUGAUGAUCAGAGGAAGAAAGUGCUCCAGUUCUCACAUUGGUGGAAACCAUUUGACUGUACAAAAAGUAAGGAAUAAUGCCACCUAUUGCAGAAAAAUGGCUAUAGAUUGCUGAAACCUGGCAUUGGAUGAUGGAACUGUGUGCUUCUCUACAUGGUUUUCUAAGAAGAUCAUGGAAGUUUCAAAUAAUGACGAAUUUCAUGAUCCUUUUUUUUAUUGAAUAUUGAGAAGCCAAAGUAAGCAGUUAGAUAUGGAUUUUGUUGUAUUAAAAUUAAUUACAAAUUGGUAUUAUUUUGUACUAAAAAAACCAUGGCAUCUUGAUGCUUACUGUUGUUUACUGUAAUUUUAAUUCAUCCUGGACUUUGAGAUUAAAAGUAAUUAUUUCAGUUAAUGUUUAUGCAAGCAAAUAAAAUUUAAUAUGUAAA